GCUGCCAAAUAUGAAAAGAAAGUGAUGGUGCUGGACUUUGUCACACCUACACCUCUGGGAAACUCAUGGGGUCUUGGAGGAACAUGUGUAAAUGUGGGCUGUAUACCUAAAAAACUGAUGCAUCAGGCAGCUUUACUGGGACAAGCUUUGCAAGAUUCACGCAAAUUUGGAUGGCAGUUUACGGAAGAAGUCGAACACAACUGGAUGACUAUGACAGAAUCUGUUCAGAAUUACAUUGGUUCACUGAACUGGGGCUAUCGGGUUGCACUGAGGGAGAAGAAAGUCACCUAUGAGAAUGCAUAUGGAGAAUUUGUUGGGCCACACACAGUGAAGGCAACAAAUAAAAGAGGAGUUGAGAAGCUGUACACAGCUGAGAGGUUUCUCAUUGCCACUGGUGAACGACCACGCUACCUGGGUAUACCUGGAGACAAAGAAUACUGCAUUAGCAGUGAUGAUCUUUUCUCUCUGCCUUACUGUCCAGGGAAAACCCUGGUGGUUGGAGCUUCCUAUGUUGCCUUGGAAUGUGCAGGGUUUCUUGCAGGUCUUGGAUUAGAUGUCACUGUAAUGGUGAGAUCCAUUCUCUUAAGAGGAUUUGACCAGGAUAUUGCAAACAAAAUUGGCGAAUAUAUGGAAGAACAUGGAAUCAACUUUAUUAGAGAGUUUGUGCCGAUCAAGGUUGAGCAAAUUGAGGAAGGAGCUCCUGGAAGAUUGAAAGUUACAGCCCAAUCCACAAAGGGGAACGAAAUAAUUGAAGGGGAAUACAAUACUGUUCUGUGUUGCUUUUGAAGAGACUCAUGCACAAGAAAAAUUGGUUUGGACAAAGUUGGAGUGAAGAUCAAUGAAAAAACAGGAAAAAUUCCUGUCAACGAUGAGGAGCAAACAAACGUGCCGUAUAUCUAUGCUGUUGGAGAUAUACUGCAGGACAAGCUGGAACUCACACCAGUGGCAAUCCAGGCAGGAAGAUUGUUGGUUCAAAGGCUUUAUGCUGGGGCAACUAGUAAGUGUGACUAUGUGAAUGUUCCAACUACUGUAUUCACUCCUUUGGAGUAUGGAGCCUGUGGGUAUUCUGAAGAGGCAGCAGUGGAGAAGUUCGGGGAGGAAAACAUUGAGGUCUACCAUAGCUAUUUCUGGCCACUGGAAUGGACUGUGCCAUCCAGAGACAACAACAAAUGCUAUGCAAAGAUAAUUUGCAAUGUUCAAGAUAAUGAGAGAGUCAUUGGUUUCCAUGUCCUUGGUCCAAAUGCUGGAGAAGUCACCCAGGGGUUUGCAGCUGCUAUUAAAUGUGGGAUGACAAAAGCACAGCUGGACAGCACCAUAGGAAUUCAUCCCGUCUGUGCAGAGAUAUUCACCACCUUGUCCGUGACUAAGCGUUCCGGUGAAAGUAUCCUUCAGACUGGAUGCUGA